AUGGUUCCACUACCAGAGUGUGCUUCUGGAGAAUGGGGUCCAGCGAAAGCGACACGAUUGUUCGGCUUGCGGCCUGUGUCACAUUUUGACGCCAUCGUAAACGCUGGGCGAAGUGUUGAGAUCAAGUUCAGAACAACAAGACCUUUAUGCGAAGUGGUCGCCGCCUUACAUCGUAAUCGCACCGAUGAUCGACUACUACAGAAAUGCUGUCGUACGCAUUUCAAAGGCGAUCAGGUAUCAAUUCAUAUAGAUUUUCCCGAAGAAGGACAGUACGGUCUUGACAUCUACACGCGACAAGAUGAUCAAAUAUUGAAUGGUCGCCAACUACUGACCCAUUGUUGCAAAUACCUUAUCCAUUCCAGAAAUUGUUGA